UCGUGGCCCACCAGAGACUCCUUCCUCCCCGCCGAUACGGCCGUUCCCCAUCGCUUCCCACCCACUCCCACACGGCCACCGCGACGACCACUGUCCCGAUCUCCGGCCACCGCCACCACCACCGACACCAUGUCGUCCACCACGGCAGGGGCCGCCCUCCUCCUCCGCCCCACCUCCUCCACGACGAACCAUCUCCUCCGCUUUGCCAGCCCCUGCCCCAAAUCCCACCUCCUCCGCCUCCACUCGCCACGCCGCCGCCUCCCCGUCCUCCGCCUCUCCCUCACGCCCCCCGCCACCGCCGGCAGCAAUUCAGCGCCUUCUCCUCCUUCUCCGCCUCCGUCCUCCACGCCCCCGCCUUCUCUUUUCGCCAACUGGUCUCCGCCGCGCGCGAUCUGGCGGGGGCUCUCGGCGCUGCUCCUCGCAGGGCAGGUCUUCCACCGCGUCCUCACGGGACGCGUCCACCGCCGCAACCUCCUCGCCCAGCUCCGUCGCGUGGGCCCCGGGAGCGCGGGGGUCUCGCUCCUCACCGCCGCCUUCGUCGGCAUGGCCUUCACCAUCCAGUUCGUGCGCGAGUUCACCCGCCUCGGUCUCCACCGCUCCGUUGGUGGCGUCCUUGCCCUCGCGCUCGCCCGCGAGCUCACCCCGGUCGUCACCGCCGUCGUCGCUGCCGGCCGAGUUGGCUCCGCCUUUGCCGCCGAGCUCGGCACCAUGCAGGUGUCCGAGCAGACGGACACCCUCCGCGUCCUCGGCUCACAGCCCAUCGAUUACCUCGUGGUUCCCCGGGUCCUCGCUUGCGUGCUUGCGCUCCCUGUCCUAACCCUCAUCAGCUUCGCCCUCGGGCUCGCCUCCUCGGCGUUCUUGGCCGACGCCGUCUUUGGUGUAAGCACCAGCAUCAUUCUGGAGUCAGCACGCAAGGCGCUGCGACCAUGGGACUUGAUCAGCGCCUUGAUAAAAUCACAGGUGUUCGGUGCCAUUAUUGCGGUGGUGAGCUGUGCAUGGGGUGUGACAACCCACGGAGGAGCCAAGGGCGUUGGCGAGUCCACAACGUCUGCAGUGGUCAUUUCCUUGGUUGGAAUUUUCAUUGCAGACUUCGCCCUUUCGUGCCUGUUCUUCCAGGCUGGUGCUGGUGAUUCACUAAAGCACGCGAUGGGUUAAGCAAGACCACGGCAGAGACAUUUUUGGGUCGUACCAGCAUAAUUUAGUUCUGUACAUUGACCAAAGUGUAGUAGUGGAUUCAAGGAGGGCAGCAUUGCAACAUCAGCCACACUCCAGGUGAAUGAGUUAUUUUUGUUGUGAUAUCCUUUGGAAGUAAACUAUUGUGCAUUAUGCACAUUCUGUAAUUUUUUGCUCAAUUGUUUGCAUCUGAUUUGUGUAGUCUUACCACCACUUGAAAAAAGAAAUAAAACUACUUCUGUCCAA